AACCGGUCGAUGAUUUGAAUUUUACUUAAAGCACGUGCGCAAUUGCCAUGUUAAAUUUCAGAAUUUUAGACAAGCAUAAUUUCCCAUUCCCCAAGACCAGGGUAGUCCAGGUAUAAAUCACCGACCCCAUUAAUGACUCUUUGCGCAGGUAAAAUCUGAAUGCCUAUAAGUAAAUUAGGAUUGGAGAAGGAACGAUCAUUCGAUUCCUAAGUGUCGCACCGCAUACACACCUGAGAGACGUGCCAGUUGUUUAACUCUCUGCUGCAUGUCUCUUAUACCGUCGUACCUCCGACAUUUUUUUUUUAUUCACUAAACAUCAAAACCGUUGAGUGCAACGAUCUCCGAGAAUUAAGACAACGGUUUGUUUUUCAUUACAAUAACGCGAUGAAGGGGGAUUUGUGAUAGGUACUGUGGCAUUUAAAGGUAUGACCAUCACACCAUAGGGUGAGGAGUAGUACUUUCAUUCAUUCACUCUACAAACGCGCCGCGACAAUGUCUGGGAGUGACAGCCCAACGUUUUUUCACGGCCAACCCUGGUCCAACUGGAUUGAAAGAAUUGGACGUGACAAACCUCUGAGCGAUGAGGAACCAGAGGGUGAACCAGCGAGCUGUGUCACGCGGCUGUCGGCCGAUGAUAUCGAUUUGUACGGCUUCUGCCCAGAGAGGGAUACAUUUUACGGCGUCGUAUGUGAGCUCUGCAAUGCUAUUGUCAAGCCACAGGCGCUCAUCCAGCACAUGGAGAGCAGACAUUCAUCAGGUACCGUAAACCUGCCACCGCCCUCGACACCCGCAUCAAAGACAUCAGUGAAAGCUCCCUACUGCAAAGUAUCAAAAUUGACGAAGAAGUCGCAACCUUCCCAGAGUUCUGCAGCGAGCAACAACAGUGGUAACGGGGCGAGUGGAACGAAUACAACUAGUAACAAUUCAAAAAUAAAUCACACGUCAGUAAAAAGAAACGCCGAGCAAACCUUCCUGCCGACUUCUCCAGUCGAUGGCACUUGCAGUCUUGUAGGACCAAAUAUUUCCUCUGGGGUGAAUGCCACAGUCCCUGUCCCAUCGAGUCCAGUGAAGAGUCCAGGGAACAACACCAGCAUCAGCAACACCACAACGACUAACAAUGGAACGAAGAGAAAAAGGCUGAAGGCUGAACGUGGACUCCUCAAGGAUCGAGAGUACGAUCCAGACAGGCACUGCGGUGUCUGGAACGAUGAGACUGGAAAACCCUGCACAAGAUCCCUCACCUGCAAGGCACAUACCGUCUCGUUACGACGGACAGUCGCUGGUCGGAGCAAAAGCUUCGACAAAUUGCUCGCUGAGCACAGAGCCUCGAAGGAUCUUCCGAACAGGACGUCAAAAAUAACGGUCACUGGAACUGUCACGGUAUCAACAGCAUCGAGCCUGUUGAAUACGAAUUUAACUAUUGCUAAUGAUAAUGAUACUCCUGGCUCACCACCUGUACUAUCUCUGCCAGAUACCUAUCCACUGCCGAAGGCUGUUGAUUUGCUUUAUCGGUGUCUGGCCCCGCAUGGCUCCACUAAACCUACAAAGCUGGAAGAGGAUUUUGUUAACGAGGAGAUGAGACUUGAAUCAACAGCGGCAGCAGCAGCAGCUGCAGGGAAGGGAACACUAGGAGCAGGAUCGAUGGCUCCAAUUUCUGUUGUCCUUCCCUCAUUAUCACCAAUAGCAGCAAGCAAUGAUACUCCACCAGUUGCCACACUGAUACCAGUCAACGCAUCAUCUCUUCCAGCUAUAGAAACGCCACUGCCACCACCAAAUGCCCAGUUACCGAAUACUGUUCUUGAGGGGGAAACCCUUUCAGACGUUAAUACCGAGAGUAUGACGUUGUACUCACCACUGGCAAUGUUCAAAGAUACCAAAUCCCAAAUAAUAAUGCAGAUACCAAGGUCAAACAGUCUAAUGCAGUCACCAAUGUCCAGGAAUUAUCAAGGCCAGGCAUCAAUGCCCAGCCUUGUCUUUGAAGAUCAGAUGGACAAUCCGAAACAACAACUGGCCAAUGGUAAAAGACUCAAUAAUCAUAUUGCAACGUCCAGUCCGAUCGCUGGACGUGCCGCGAAAAAAAGCAAACAGGAUUUUCAAACUGAUAAUUAUUCAUCUGCUAUUCAAGUAGAAACAACAACAACGUCCACAGCUUAUCCACAUUUUAGUGACAUUGCCUGGUCAAAUUGUCAUCCUGAGCCAUUGGCCGUUAGUCGUUGGUUGCGUAUUACAUCAACUCGUAAACAGUACAACUUUAAUAUUCACUGACAUAAAAUCCCACCCACCCCGGGCUGAGGACUCAAUGUUGUUGUUGCUCAUGAUAGUCGUAUGCCUUCUUUAUUACUAAGACAAUUGCUUGAGUGUCGAGUCCAGGGCCCGUCGAGUGGGAUGGUUAAUGGUAAGGUAAAAGAGGAUAUGUAGGAUUCAAAUUAUUUUCUUUGGUUGUGACCUGGUAAUGUGGAGGAUCUCUUAAUUUUUGGAUGAACUAGCGGAAAUAUUGAUAUUCCGGGUGGUCUGAGGGAAAAAACUAGCCUUCUUUGAAAGUUUAUUUAGUCAAGAACCUUAUCUGUAUUUUUUGCCCAUUUUUCAACCGAUAUUUAAUCGAAAAAUUGAUGAUUUUUUAUUUUUUCAUACAUAUGAUGAUCUUGAAGGGGAAGGAGAAAAUCCAGUUCAAGAAAUUAGACUACUGAGCAUUUAAUGACAUUUUAACUUAUAUUUCGUACUGCCAGUUAUCAUUUCUGGUGAUAUAGAUUCAAAUUUAGCUGUAGAGAAGGCUAAUUUUUAACGGCGUUGAAUGAAAAAAAAUUAUUAAUAGAAUUUUUCAUAAAAUUAAUAAAACAUCUUUGUAGAAAAAGUACUAGACGAAGGUGUCUGAACCUUCUAUCACAGAAAAUUAAAGCUAGAGUAGUUGAUUCCAGAAUCGAAAAAUAUUUUUCUCCAAACAAAAUCUUUGAGAUACUUCUUGUUAUCAGAACACUUCGAUCAUAAUCGUCGAGUUUGGUCUUCUCAACUAUUUUAUUGAGCUCGAUGAUUGAAUAGAGUACUAGGUAAAAUUUUUUUUUGAUUGAUACGCUUUACUCUGAAAUACGGCUUUAUUCCUCUUUCAUAUUCUCUCAAUCCAACUUUUUGUACACAUUUGAAUCAUUGAUGUCUUCAAGUUGUCCUUGUUGGAUAUACCAAGAGACCUGAUAACUCAUAAUAGAAUAAUUGAAAAAAAAACGACUAGACAUAAAGUGAAGAAAAACGAAAUAAGAAUUAAAAUAAUAGGAUAGUCUUUAUAACAUUGACCACGUUGAUCACCGGUUUUCGAUUGAAAUUAGCGGAUAGUUGGAGACAACUUGUAAUUUGUCGAUUGACACAUCAUUCUUCAUGAUUUUUUUUUAAUUGUAAAUAUAAUUUCAUUUAUACUUUUCGAGAAUUGUAAAUAGCCCAUCGAUUCAUUAGGAAUAUCUCUUAGUGAGAAUGCAGUAUCAAAUGGUUGAUUAUAUUUUUUUAAUUUCAUGAUCUCUUUUGUUUUUUUAUACUCUGCUUUCUCCUGCACAUGGAUGAUGAUAUGUUUUGUAUAAUUCGUAAUUGUAGAUAAUUAAUUACUAAUGGAACACUCACACGUAUAUGAUAACUUCGAAUGUCAAUGGACAAUCGGAAACUGUUCCACUGACGUUCUUCAUUAAUUUCAUUUACGAUUUUGUUAUGGAGUUAUGCAUUUAAUGAUAGUCUCAAAUUAUUUACCAUCAAUUUUUAUCAGAUUAAUGAAAGACUUGCAAAAAAGCAUAUAUAACACACCUAGAAUGGCCUAAUAAGGGUGACAUUACAAAAGCCAGUCAUUACCUCAGUGAAAUACAUUAAUAUGGCCUCAACACCCAGAGCACACGUGAAUCCAUGUCGGGAAAGUAUUGAUGAAUAAUGGUAUUUGUUAUCAUGCAAUAAUUUUAGCAUUAAUUUAAUUCAAUCCAGUGCUCAAAAUAAAAAUCAAUCGCCUGACGUAUUAUAUAUGGCUCACAAAUUUUCUGUUCAGCUAUCGUAAGUAAUCACUGAGCGAAAUAAAGUGGAAAUACAAUUUGUGAGAAUUUUCAGAUUAAUCAUGUGAGUUUUAGAAAUGAAUUUCAGAAACUAUUCGUUUGUGUUUGAAUCAUAUUAUGAUUCGCAUCAAUUCGUAUCCUGAAAUAUUUUCUUAGAUUGAGGCUUUGUUUGGAAUUUAGGUAUAGAAAAUUUCUGGGAUAAAAAAAUAUGCAAAAAAUAAAAUGACUGCUUUUUUGGCUCAGUGAUAAUUCAUAAAUUAGUUUAGUAAAAAAUGUAUGAAUAGAUUACAUUGCUUAAAAAUGUAUUUCAAUUGGAUGGAAACGAUUUAAGACUGCUCCUGUACGAGGUUUCAUGUAUUGUAGUAACAUUUAUAUACCUACACUCACACAUUGUACAUCAUCUUGCUCCGAUCAUGACAGUUGCAAGAUUUUCUAAGAUGAAUGAAUGAAAGUAAUUUUAAGCAACCUUUGGGUUACAAAUACCUCGAUGAGAGUUCAAUUUACAUAUAUUCCAAGAGAUACAGGGGGAGAGAAAUGAAUGGGAAUUAUUAGAGAGAUUGGGUGUAGUAUGUGCGUGAAUGUGUGGUACGACUUUUAUCAUGGAUUGUGAUAUUUAAUGCGUAAUACAGUAAUAUUAUUGUACAGUGAAUCUGCAUUCGAGAAUAUAAAGUUCUUGAAAUUUUCCAAAACAAAAGGCUUACCUACAAUUUCUACUCAAUCUCUAAAGGUAGCCAAUUGUGUAUUCAUGCGUGCUUCCUUAUUUAUCUACGUCUUGAGAGCAAAAAUUAGAUAGUGCACGUCUGAUGAAAUUUUCUAGAAAAAUAUUGCAAAUUUGCUGGAAACUCUAUUGAAUUUUUAUUGAAUUUCCUAUUCAUUGUUUUUCAAAAAUAUUCGAUGGAAAUUCUCGAAGGAGUUUUGGAAUAAAAUCAUUGCAGAAAUUCAUUAUAUUAAAUAUCAGUUGAAUUUGUUCUACACAAAAAUCACCUAAUCAGAAAAAGCUAACGGAAUUUUCAAUAAAAGUUCAAUAGAAUUUUGUAUAGCAUUCAGUUUUUCGUAAAAUGGUUUGCGCGUGUGCACAGUCGUGUGGUAAUGAGAUGUAAAAGAUGCUUGCCAUAUCAAUUAGCAACGAACCACAAUUGGGCAGCUUUACUUAAAUGCCGUAGCGUGCUGGUCUGUUCGCAGUAUGUGAAUGAAUGGACAAGGAUCAAAUGGAGGAAGACCAUAGAUGAAACAUAUGAAAAUUCAACAUAUGAAAACAUUUAAUAGAAAAAUCUAACGUUAUCUCUAGGAAAUCCCAUUAAUUGGUUGUCGAAACUCUGACUGAAACGAAAUUGAUUUUUUAGAAAAAGAUUCUAUAGAUAUGGAUGAUUUUAUCUAAGUCGUUUUAUCCUAAUUUUAUUUAUGGGAACUCGUGGAUUUGUUUUCAGAAGAACGAAUGGAAAAUGCAUGAUAAUAGGACUGCAGUCAAUUGUUUAAAGGGAUUGCCUAGGCUUUUUUAUUAAAUGUUUUCAUACGUAUCUGCUUUUGUGGUAAAUUUACCGGGUAGACAAAUAUCUCUACUAUUUUUCAUUAACCCAAUGGAUGGGUAAACUCAGGUGAAAGAGAGUCUAGGAGAUUCUAAAGUCAUUUUAACAACAAUAAAUUUUGUUGUUUCGUAGGUAACCCACAUUGUAAUAGGGUUCAAGUGUGUUGUUGUUUUAAUUUUCAUCACUACGAUUUCUCGAAGUGCGCUUGUAUUAUUUGGAUCCCUAGUAUUUAUCAUUAAUCACGAAUGUAGAUGCGGCAAGACGAUUUUUGCCAAAUAUGAAAUAUUUAAUUGAUUCGCGAUUAUACUGUGAGAUAUGUCCAUUAAUAUCUCACACUUCGUAAUUUUGUCAUCUAUUUGAGAUCUAACUGAAAAAACUAGGAAACUCCUUGUGGCAUUUUCUAUGUGAAAGAAUAUAAACAUUUUAUAUUUAUUUUUA